AUGGACAUUAACGACCAAUGGAAUGACAACGGAACUCUUGACUUUGUAUUCUUAUUGGCGUCUGCACAUGGUCAUCAUUGUCGAUCCCGUGUGAUAAUCGGAGCCGGAAUCUAUGACCGUGUAUUCCAGUUCCGCAUGAAACUAGUUGUCCGCCAAGACAUCGUAUUCGAUAACAUCCCGGACGUUAACGUCAAGACAGAGACGCUAACAACCAACCAAGUACAUCAACCUCGUUUCUCCAUGACAAGUCGACAGGAGUUACCUCCGCCUCCCUCCCACAAGCUGCCACUUCCCAAAGUCGUCUCAGGCCUCGACGACGUCGCUCCUUGGGACCCGUCACAGAUCCCGGUAUACGGCUAUGGCUACGUCCUCGACGACAAGUGGCUCAUGAACUUCCACGCCAAUGAAGUUAAGGGUCAAGAUGAUUUAUUACCCGCUGUUAAGGCUCUGUCUGCUAUGAAGUUGAUAUCGAGGCGUCUACGGGCGAUGACUUAUUUCGUUCUCAUCAAGGAGGAGCCCAGGGAAUGGGCUUGCUGUUUUGUUUCUGGUUUGAAUUUCAAAAAGAGGAGGGCGUUGGAUAGAACGCGCAUCGAGAAACUCAAACGCGUUAUCGGCACGGAUGAAGAGCCGAAGUGGUAUCCUGUCCACUGUUCUGACGACUAUUGAGAUACCAGUAUUUGCGGCCUAGACACGUCCUUCAUUCUACGUUCUUAGGUGGACGAUAACCCAUCCAUCGAUCCGACCUUGUACCCCGAUACCCCGUCUUCUCUGGCUGUCCUUUGCAUGCUAAUUUGCUAUUUUGUGUUCUUGAAGGAGUUCGAUGUAUACUUAUAAUGACAGGCUCUAUAUUCACCUGUCAAUGAUUCGCGCGAAUAAAACGUCUAUUCCUGCCGUACUUCUUACCAAGGAUGAUGAAAGAGGCACAACAAGUCUA